AAUUAUUUCCGCCGCAGACCGAAUUCGCUAUCUGCCUCCAACAUAUCCAUAUUGAAACCAGCUUAAACUGUCAAAUAUAAUAGUCUAAUUCGACAUCUCGUCACCUCAUGUCAGCGUAUCAAACAUUUUUCGUUCAAUGAUGCAUUUAACAAAAUUUAUCGAGUGUUUAAACAUGGUCCCUUCUACAAAACGAUCGUUGAACACGGACGUGUCCGAAAAUUAUAUUUUACAGAAGAGACCAAGAUACUGCGAUUACACAAGACUGCUACCCGAUGAAGUUUUGAUAUAUGUUUUUUCUUUCAUGACACAUAAAGAACUACAUAUUUUAAGAAGAGUUUGCAAGAGAUGGUUCUAUUUGUCUUGUUCACCCAGUCUUUGGAAAAAAGUGAUUGUUAACGAAGAUAUUCCUUUAAAAACUGUUUGUAUGUGGUUGGAACACUCUCCUUUGCUCAAAGAACUUGAAGUAACAGUAAAAGGUAGGAGAGAAGUUAACUUAAUUGUCAAGAAACUAUCAAAAUACGCUAAAAAUCUGCAAACUUUGAGAAUUAAGAACUCAGUGGAUACAAACAGUCUUGAUUUACUUGAAAGCAGAGCUCUGUGCCAAAUGUUUAAUAAUUGUAAGUAUUUGAGAAAUCUGUACUUUACUGGCGUGAAGAUUUUAUCCUGUAAAUUUUUUCAACUCUUAUCACAAAGAAAACCACUGGGUACAACAAGAAAUUUUAGUUACUUUGGACCCAUCGGUCAAAAGCAAAUGAAAGCAUUGAUCACCUCAAUCGUUUCCAAUGAGAACUAUAACGCAGCAACCAUAUGUACAUCUGGUAAUAGAAAAAUAAAUAUAAAAGAUGCAGCCUCAACUGAUUCAGGCACACCAGAUAUCGAUACUAUCUGGAAUGAUAUUGUAAGCAAUUGUAGCGAAUUAUUUGAUGAUUUAAAUGAUGAAGAUUUCCGGCCAGUAGAUUAUUAGUGAAUAGUUUCAUAACAAACUUCAUAGAAAAAUUUACUAAUGUAAUCGUAAGUGUUUAAAAAAUAAAUAUUAUAUUCAGGCAA